AUAAAUACUCACUAGAGAAGCCAGACUUUUUGUAAUAACACAGAAAAGACGUAACUCAGAUCAUUAAGAAGUAUGAAGUUUGAAGAUCUACUUACUGAGAUCAAUGGCUUUGGUAGGUUCCAGAUUAUUAAUAUCUGCAUCAGUUUCAUAGGAAUAUUUACUCUUCCCUGUCAUUUCCUACUGAGCAACUUUAUCACUGCAAUCCCGUCUCACCACUGCAACAUCAGCCACCUGGAUGCUGAUGGGAUCUUUUGGAAUCUGACUCAGGAGGAGAGACUGACUGUCAGUAUUCCAACACAAGAAGAUGGCACUCUUGCUUCGUGUCUCAUGUUCUCUCAUCCUCAGUUUCAUCUGCUGUCAAAUUCAUCCAACACCACAGAUCUUCCUGUAGUUCAGUGUCAGAAUGGAUGGGAGUAUGAUAACAGUACAUUCACCAGCACUUUGGCCACACAGUGGGAUCUGGUGUGUGAUAAUACAGGGCUGAAUAAAGCAGCUGCCACUGUCUUCUUUGUUGGGUCAAUGUUUGGGGCUGUACUAUUUGGAGACUUGAGUGAUAGAUUUGGGCGUAAACCAACGCUGCUGUUGUCGUAUUUAUCAGGAAUGGGUUUUGCAGUGGCCAGCGCUUUUUCCUCCUCCUUCAUCAUGUUUGCAGUAUUGAGAUUCUUCACUGGAUUUACCAUCACUGGCAUCAUUACAAUCUCAUCUGUACUCAAUGUGGAAUGGGUUGACAUUCAGAACAGAAGAAUGGUGCGUGUGAUUGACAGCUUGGGUUCGACUUUUGGGAUCACCGGUUUGUCUCUAAUUGCAUUCUGUGUGAGAGACUGGAGAUGGUUGACAGUGGCCAUCACUUCACCUGUACUUCUGAGCACAAUCCUCUGGUGGUGGGUUCCAGAGUCAGCUCGAUGGCUGAUAGUCCAUGGAAAGACCCAAAAAGCUCAUUAUUAUCUACAUAGAUGUGCCGUUAUGAAUCGUAGGGAUAACGUUAGUGAAAGCAUCCAACCUGAGGCUCUCUCUAGCAUUAUUGUAACAGAUACAGAAAAGAAAAUGUUUUCUUACCUGGAUCUCAUCAGAACCCCUAAAAUGAGGAGACUGUCUUUGUUUACAGGGACCAUAUGGCUUUGUGUUGCUAUUGCCACCUAUGGAAUAAGCCUUAACAUUACAGGCUUUGGUCUUGACAUAUACAUGACUCAGUUUGUGUAUGGAGCCAUCGAGAUUCCUGCUAAACUGAGCAUCUAUUAUCUGCUUGAAAAGAUUGGCAGACGCAAAACAUUUACCUUCACUCUGCUAUUGGCAGGAAUCAGUCUCAUGAUAAACAUAUUCAUGCCCAGAGAUCAGUGGGUUGGUCGUACUGUGGUAGCUAUACUGGGAAAAGGUUUUUCAGCUGCUGCCGUAGCUACUUUUUUAUUAUACAGCUCUGAACUUUACCCUACUGUUCUCAGGCAAAAUGGGUUGGGUUAUAACUCCUUCUUGGGUCGUCUGGGUGUGGCUUUGGCUCCUGUGGUCUUGCUUUUGGACAAUGUUUGGGGGUAUCUCCCUCAGAUCACCCUCUGUUCUGUGGCACUCGUUGGUAGUUUCAUGGCUUGGCAGUUACCUGAGACACGAGGAAAGUGUCUACCUGAGACUAUAGAGGACAUUGAGGGUACAAAGAAAAAUCCCAUUAAACAUUAUGAAAAACAGGAUGAAGCUGAGAAAGUUACAACAAACGAAAAAUGACAAUUGCUGAAAUGUUAUUUCAGUAGCCCUCCAGUUUCGGUCUCUUCCAAUCCUCCGCACCCUAAAGGUUUGAACAACUGAUGUUUUUACUGCUCGUCUAAACUUUUUAUCACCAAAUGACCCCUAUCUUUCAUCAGUAGAGUGACCAAGACUUAAGCACUAUACGGACGGGAUUAGUUUUCCAAACGACGUUUGAGUUUCAACGUGUCCCCCACGACGUCUGUGAUUUUAUGUACCGAUUCGGACGGGAUUAAAAUUCUCAUGCUAUUCCAGACAUGGGAGUGUCUGUUUCAUGCAUUUGGCCGUUGCAGAAUAUCACGUGCUCUGGAUACACGUGUUUGUAAUGUUUGAUAUUUUGCUUUAAAUGUAAAAUUAUUACAGAACAUGUCAUUUAUUAAUUUAACUUUAACAAAUUAAAAGAACUCAUACAAAUCCUACUAAAGUAGCCUACGUAUUUUAAAUAACUGGCUGCUUAUAAUAAACCCAAAGAAAUAAAGAAAUAAUGAUUAAUAACAAUUUAUUAUCUUUAUUAAUUAACAUUACCAUUCCGGAGUUAAUAAGGUUGGGUUUACCUUAUACUAAUGCUGCAUUCCAGGUAGUCAAACUUGUGACUUCAAACCCGUGAAGUCGUACUAGAUCGAUGUACUCCCAGUUCAGAGUCGUGAGUCGUGGUUUUGAAGUUGUUAUUUACGGGUUACAGGUUGCCUGGAACACGGCAUAAUAUUACAGUGGCCAGUCUUAACAGUGUUUAAUAUUCAGCUCGUCUUGAUUUUAGUUAUUUUAUUUCGCUGAUUUGAAAAAACAUCCAUAUCUGAAUGAACUCAGGAAGUACAAUAUAAGCACGUUAAUGAGACCUUACGGCAUAUCACGUUAGCCAAAACACAACAAGAACCGCAUUUUCAAAAGAUAUUGCGGGCAAACACAGACAUUUGCAUCCGGACGGGAUUGAAUUUCUCAGAGGACCUCUGAGUUCGGCGAAAAACAGUAGGUAAAUUAAUACUGUAAUCUCAAUACAGUAUAUUUUAAUUUCAAUAUAUGCUUGUUUAAAUACCUAAGUCUUUGUUUAAGUUUUUAAAGCAUUUUUGUGUGUGUACAUUUCAGAAUUGGCACAUCCAUUUCAGAGAAAAUUAAUGUCACAUCCACAAUGUUGAUUUUUCCACAUUCUCAUAGUGUAUAUGCAGAUACAAAAAUU